AUGAAUCAAGAUAAAAAUAAAUUAUUUAUUGGGAGUCGCAGAUCUCAGCUUGCUAUUGUUCAGGCAAAUUAUGUAUCUAAAAGGUUAAGUUUACUUAAUAAAACAUAUCAGUUUUCAAUAGUUGCUGUUGAUACCUUAGGGGAUUUAGUACAAUCGAAACCUUUAUAUCAAUUUGAAGAAAAUGGUGUUUGGAUAAAAGAAUUAGAAAAAUUAAUGGCAGAUGGGAAGUGUUCUAUGGCGAUCCAUAGUUUGAAGGACUUACCUACGAAACUUCCUGAUGGUUUUAUUAUUGGUGCUAUAUUAGAAAGAUUAGAUCCUACAGAUGCCUUAGUUGUUAAAAAGGGAUUACAUUAUAGGUGUCUUGAAGAUCUUCCUGAGAAAUCUAUUGUUGGUACUAGUAGCAUUCGUAGAAUUGCUCAACUUCGAAGGCAUUUUCCAAAAUUGCUUUUUCAAGAUAUAAGAGGAAAUAUUACUACUAGAAUAAAGAAAUUGGAUGAUCCUGCAUCACUAUAUAUAUGUCUUAUUCUUGCUUCAUCUGGGUUACUACGACUUGGAUUAGAGGACCGAAUUGUUAAAAGGUUUGAAUCAUCUAUAUUAAUGCAUGCUGUUGGACAAGGUGCUAUUGGAGUAGAAGUUAAAUCUGAUGAUAUUGUUACACAGGAUUUGGUCAAACCAUUGAAUCAUAUGCCAACAUUUUUGUCUUGCCUGGCUGAAAGAUCAUUAAUGAGUAGAUUGCAAGGCGGAUGUAGUGUUCCUAUAGGAGUUGAAACUAGAUUUAAUGGAAAUUUACUUAAAAUAGAAUCAAUAGUUGUGAGUCUAGAUGGAAUGCGAUCAGUGAAUUCUAAUAUGUCAAUGGAAGUAUUAAAGGAGGAGGAUGCAAUAAAGCUGGGAAUUUUGUUAGCAAAUGAUUUAAUAAAAAAAGGUGCAUUAGAAAUAUUAUAUGGUAUUAAAGAAUAUGAUGUUUAG